AAGGGUCUUUCGACGAGGAACUACGGAACCGAGUGGCAGAACUUGGUAACUUUUGUCCAGGUAUCAAAUGCGAAUAUGUCUGGGUCCGGAAUAAAGUUGGAACUUGUGAUGCUGCAUUUGGAUUCUAAGAAAAGGCGUGUUGCAUGAGCAGCCCAAUUUUUGCUGCGCCGAAAGGGCAUUUUUCAAGCGGGAUUUGCAUCAAGAAGCCCUCAAAAACUCUGUGAUGCUAGCGCAUACACCACAGAUAUCAUGGCUCAUGCAAAACGUGCAUGACAAAGCUGCACUCAACAUCCAGACCCAGACAUAUUUGCAGUUGAUACAUGAACAAAGCGUACAAUGACCAAAAAGGGCACCAAACCUUUCCUUUGCUUGAAGAGGGGAGCAAUUUCUACAAAUACGUAAGCGAAGAGCUUAACUUCGAAAGCAGUCCAUUUGAAGAUGCUAAUUCUCCAUCUCGUCCUUGAAAAGUUGCAUGGUGUAGUCCUGCUGCACCGCCUCCGGACAAUCUCGACCGGAAUGGCUAAGGAAGUACAAAAUAGUCCGUCUCUGCGAGUAGGACGAGGGCUGCUCCUCGCGCGUUUUAUUUCCGUGCGGAGCCCUCUUAUAAGCGACCGGAUUCAACACAGCUCUCCCUUUUUGUUUGGAUAAUCGUUCGCGACGUAUAUUUAUAGAAGUUAGUAUACUUCUAGUUCUAUUUGUUCAUGGAGGUUCGAUGUUUUUAACGCAGAUGCGGCUUUGCUUUAUAAUUAAAAGUCGCAUCAUCUCAAGCGUAAGCCAUUCUUUAUGAUUUUCCAUUCCCAGCAGCGCAACCCCAAGAACAGAGAAACCACAACACUCCGUGGUUCUCUGCAUCCACAAAGCGAAAGUCUAUUUCCCCACCCGAGCAGUCGUGAAAAUGAUGAGCAUGAAUCGUCACUCCGAUAGUUGGUUUCCUAUUUAGUGUUACAUUUCUUGUCACGGAGGUUUCUCGUGUAGCAUAUCUUUUAAGUGUGACGCUGUAUGAUUAUUAGAGACCGGGUCUCGCCCGUGUGACACAGAAGUAGAUACAGGUUGCUGAAGGGCAAUCGCUUUCUUGGUGUUAAACAACUGUAGCGUUGCUCUGAAACUCACGCGGGCUUUGUGGUUGCAAGGAGCCAGUCGCACAAGAACAAGAAAAAGCCUGAGGUUGAAAUGAAAUAAAGAAGUUGAAG